GGGAAACAAUAGACGACGUGGUUAGGGUUAUAAAUUGGGUAACCCUCCUGAAACUGCGAAGGCGGUGCCCAUGGAUGAUGGUUUCAAGGAUCGGGUGGAUAAGGUGUUCGGGUCAAUCUCAUCCUCAUCAACGUCAUGGUCUCUCACCGACGCACAGGUCCAAAGGAGAGAGUGGAGGCGCGAUGAAACUCAAAGAGACGAUGAUCGAAUCCCCGUCUUUUCUUCUUCUUUCAACGACGACGACGACCUGGACAUUCGCUCCUCAAUCGGAUUGGAUCCUACCCUCGAUAACGAGGAAGAGGAAGAUGCAUAUGAUAAGAUGGCACAAGGGAGGGAGAAUGGUGGUGAUCGCUUAUAUAUGAAGGACGUCACUGACCAUGGCCUUUAUUUGAAUGCUCAUAAUGUUCAUGUUCUCCCUACAUCUCUCCAUCAGGAUCCCCGAGCUGCAAAAACUAGGCUCAAUGAAGAUGACGAUGAUGCUGCUGCACUGCAGGGAAGUGAUGAAGCAAUGUUGACUUCUGAAGAUGCUAUUGUAAGCAUCAAGCCGAUACUGAAAAGGAGGCAAAUUUAUGACUGUGAGGCGGCCAAGCCUGCAAAACGUGUCAGGUUUCACUCAACUUGCAAGAGUGCUGAUGCCGCCCCUCCUCCGGAGAGUUUUGGUCUAACCCACAAAACAUCAGGAAACGGGCGUAGCGUUCCAGAUUACAUUUUGAAUCCUUCAAAGUACACACGAUAUACUUUUGAUGAUGAAUCUAAUAGUGAAGCUUAUUUGAAGUUGUUGGAGCAAAUUAGCAAGUCAUCAGAACAUGACACUGUGGGGCAGAAAUCAUGUGGUGAAUUGCCUAAAUCGGUAGUUUUUAUUCCAAGAAAAAAAAGAGGUGAUAACAGUGAGGAACAGGUUAAGCAGUCAUCUACUCAAGCAUGCUCGACCGUUGGCAUUGCUGCAGUGGAGGUACAGCAGGGUGAAAUUAGUGAAAUGCAAGAAGAUGGUGUUUAUACCAAAGCUAGGAGUCAGAAGCCGGUUCGUCAAUAUAGGUCCAAAAUGGAGGAAUAUGAUGACGAUGAUAUUCCUUGAUGUUAUGUUUUCAGUUUUGUUUAGAUUGUUUUUUCAGCUUUUAAACUUGAGAACAUUAGCAAAACUAAACUGGUUUUGGUGACUGGUCUCAUCUUCUUUGUAAGAAGAGAGCACUUGCUUGUUUUAUCGGGUGCCAUAUCUAAAACGCAUGGCUGUUUUACAGUUGUAUAACACACGGCAAGGUAUAUCGGCAUCUGCACUUGCAUGGUGAUAAUUGAAAGCAAUCAGUUUUAUUA